CGUCGCCGCCACCGCCGGCAGGGGUCGCGCUGCCCCAGGCGAGCCGUGCAGGCGGGGGUGGGGAAGCUCCCGCAGCCGGUCGCUUUUCUCCGCCGCCGCUGGUUGGAUCGUUUCAAUAAAAGUCUUUUUUUUUUUUUUUUCCUUUUUUCUUUUCUUUUUUUUUUUCUAACCCCCGCUCUCGCUCGCUCCGGGGAACAGGCGGAGGCGUCAAGCCGCAGCCUCCGAGCGAGAGAAAGCAACGCGCACUCAGACGAACGAGAGCGGCGGCUGCGGUCUACCCAGCGCCCGGCAGUCCGGCAGCCCGCGCCCCGCCGCCUCGCUCCGCCCCGGCUCGGUGGCCGGGAGUACUGGGCCGUCCGCGAGGCUCCGCGGCCCGGGAGCCAUGUUGAGCGGGGGGCUCUGCCACGCGUGAGGCGGCCGGCGGCCCUCGCGGAGCGGAAGGCGCGAGGUUGGGGGGUGGGGGGAGGCCUGAGCCUGAGGCGCCUCGGCGCGUCCGCCACCACCGGACCUGCAUCCGCUCGCUCGCUCUGCGCGCCCGCCGGUCCGGAGCCCGCGGUCCCCGCACUUGCUGAAUUUUUCAAACCACAUCCAACUGAUAGGAUGAAAAAGUUUAAGAGGAGACUGUCCCUCACGCUCAGGGGAAGCCAGACGAUUGAUGAGUCGCUGUCAGAGCUGGCUGAGCAGAUGACCAUAGAGGAGAGCAGUAGCAAGGACAACGAGCCCAUUGUGAAGAAUGGCAGGCCGCCCACGUCUCACAGCGUGCAUUCCUUCCUCCAUCAGUACACAGGCUCCUUCAAGAAGCCCCCGUUGCGGAGACCCCACAGUGUUAUUGGAGGAAGCCUUGGUUCCUUCAUGGCAAUGCCCAGGAAUGGAAGCAGACUAGAUAUUGUUCAUGAAAAUCUGAAGAUGGGAUCAGAUGGUGAGAGUGACCAAGCUUCUGGGACAUCAUCUGAUGAAGUCCAGUCACCUACAGGUGUUUGCCUCAGAAAUCGUAUACAUAGACGGAUCUCAAUGGAGGACUUGAAUAAGCGGCUGUCGCUGCCUGCAGACAUCAGGAUACCUGAUGGCUACCUGGAGAAGCUGCAGAUCAGCAGCCCACCCUUUGACCAGCCCAUGAGCCGCAGGUCCCGCAGAGCUUCCUUAUCAGAAAUUGGGUUUGGGAAAAUGGAAACCUACAUCAAAUUGGAAAAGCUCGGAGAGGGUACAUAUGCAACAGUAUAUAAAGGAAGAAGUAAACUGACAGAAAAUUUGGUGGCAUUAAAAGAGAUCCGCUUGGAACACGAAGAAGGUGCACCCUGUACAGCUAUAAGAGAAGUUUCACUGUUAAAGGAUUUAAAACAUGCAAAUAUAGUAACCUUGCACGACAUCGUUCACACAGACAAAUCUUUGACUCUGGUCUUUGAGUACCUGGACAAAGACCUGAAGCAAUACAUGGAUGACUGUGGGAACAUCAUGAGCAUGCACAAUGUCAAGCUGUUCCUGUACCAAAUUCUCCGUGGUCUGGCAUAUUGCCAUAGAAGAAAAGUGUUGCACCGGGACUUGAAACCACAGAACCUCCUCAUUAAUGAGAGAGGAGAACUAAAGCUGGCUGACUUUGGACUAGCCAGAGCCAAGUCAGUUCCCACAAAGACCUACUCAAAUGAAGUUGUCACCCUGUGGUAUCGACCACCUGAUGUGCUUCUUGGUUCCUCAGAAUACUCAACACAGAUCGACAUGUGGGGAGUUGGCUGUAUUUUCUUUGAAAUGGCUUCUGGAAGACCACUGUUUCCAGGGUCAACUGUGGAAGAUGAACUGCAUUUAAUAUUUCGACUACUAGGAACUCCAUCUCAGGAAACUUGGCCAGGUGUUUCUUCAAAUGAUGAAUUCAAGAACUACAACUUCCCAAAAUACAAGCCACAACCUCUAAUUAAUCAUGCACCCAGGUUAGAUUCUGAAGGAAUUGAAUUGAUAACAAAAUUUCUUCAGUAUGAAUCUAAGAAGAGGGUUCCGGCAGAAGAGGCCAUGAAGCACGUGUACUUCCGCAGCCUGGGGCCGAGGAUCCAUGCUUUGCCCGAGAGCGUAUCAAUAUUCAGUUUGAAAGAGAUUCAGUUGCAAAAGGACCCGGGUUUUCGAAACUCUUCUUAUCCAGAGACAGCCUUAUCCUGAUCCUGGAAACUGCAGAGAGGAGACUUAAAACUUGGAAAGACUGAACCUGGAACUCUCAGAAGCCCCUUAAACUGACAAGAAUUCUGAAGGUAAGAGGUGCUAUAUCAAUCAAACAGCACAUCCAGGGUCCUUCACUCAGGCAUUUUAUCAGCUUAGUUUGAAAGAAUAUUUACUACGUUCUAAUCUAUCUUUCAGACUCAUGACCCUCUUUACGAUAUUAACUGCAUUCACAACAUGACAGUGACCUUGAUUUAUUUCCAGAAUUGUCUUCCUUUUUCAGAAGUUGAACCUAGUAAAAUAUUCCACUCCUCCCGCCAAGCUUCUCAGAACUAUUAAUUUACUCUCUGUGUGUAUGAAUUUUCCUAGUCUAGAUACUUUCUGUCCUUGCAGCCAUACCAGUUUGGCUUAUUUCUUUCAACAUCCUAUUUUCAGAGUUUCUCUCGAUGGCGGGGUGAUGUUCCACUGUGACUGAGCAGUGUAAAGACUGUGAACAUUGGUGUGCACACAUGCUUGAGUCGGAAAAAAAACAAAACAAAACAAACAAACAAAAAACCAAUAAGGUUGCUUUGUUACAUGGAUUCCCAAUCUGCCCUUACAAAGCACGUGCUUUUCAGUUGCUUCCUCCUGCUCUCUGACAGCUUUCACUUGUAGAUGCCCAGGGAGGCUGACAUUUAAAUAUCACUUUUCACUCAGUUCCUAGUUCCACAAAAGACCAGCAGGAAGCCCAGGGUGGGGUCACAGUGAGGACUGCCCUGACUUUUAAGUCCUGUCUCCACAGGUGGGUACUCUCUCUCUCUUAACAACACUUUUCCUGGUCCUUGAGUUCAGGGAGUCCUUUGUUUAUUUAGAUUAUCUUUAACUGUUCUCAGCAGCGUUAGUAGUUUUUACAUAAAAGUUUUCCCCUCCAUGCUUGAGUUUACUCCUAAGUAUUUUUUGCUGCUGGUGCAAGCGGGAUAAUUUUCUUCAUUUCUGUUUGUUUGUUUUUCAUUGCUAGUGCUUGGAAGUACAGAUGAUUUUUUUGUUUUGAUCUUGUAACCUCCAACUUUAUUGAAUUUGUUGCCUUUUUAAAGUUUUUUUUUUUUGGUCCAUUCUUUAUGAUCUUCUACAUAUAAAAUUACAUCAUCAGCAGGAAGAAAUAGUUUGACUUUUUCAUUUAUAAUCUGGAUGCCUUUUCUUCUCUUCUCUGUCCUUUACUCCCCCCCUCCCAUUUCAUAAUUAGUCUUUAGACCUCCAGUAUUAUUGAGUAGUGAAUGAAGGCCAGUAACUUGUGUUGCUGGUCUUGGGGAAAAGCUUUCAGCCGUUCACCACCCCGUGUAACCAGCAGUGGGUGUGUAUACAGCCCUAUGUUUAAGGAGCUUCCCUGGUUGCUAGGUUACUGCGUGUGUUUAUUAAGGCGGGGGGGGGGGGUUUGUUGGCUUUAUCUUCUAGAACUUUUUUGCUGUCGUUUUUGAUGAUCAUGCUGUUUUCUUUGUUUAUUACCUUGAUUUUUGUAUGACAUCAGCACUGCAUUUCUUGAAAGAGUCCCACUUGGUGAUGAAUUAAAGUUUAAUCCCCUUAUGAAAUCAUUUGGGACUAAAAGCAUCUCAGAUUUCAAGGGAUUUUUCUUUUGCCCCCAGUUUGGGAUAUUUGCCUAGCCUGUGGUAGUUGAACAUCCCUGCUUCAAAACUACGAAGUCUAAAAUGCUUCAAAAUCUAAAAAUGUUUUGAUCAUUGUUACUCUGAAAUUUUCAGGUGUCAGUGCCUUUUAGAUUUCAUAUUAAGGAUGUUUAAGUUGUAAUUCUUUAAACAUGCUGCUAAGUCCAGUUUGCUUGUAUUUUGUUGAGAAUUUUUGCCUGAAUUCAUGAUGGGUGUGGCCUGUGCUCUCUGCUCACAGCAUCUGUCUCAAUGAUUUCGUGUUAGCAUUGCUGCCAUCUGAGAUGGAGUGAAGGCCGUAUCCUCCCCUUCAGUUAUGUGAAGUGGCUUAGGACAUUGUCUUAAGUCUCCGAAUACCGCACUGUUUUGUAUUUAGUUUAUUUUUUUAUAGUAGACCAUCUUGAUUUCCUUCCUUUCUCAUGUGUAUGUGUAGUUGUUUUAAUAAUAUAUUACAAAUAUUAUUUUGAGUUUGUGUGGUUUUAAGAGAUUUAUCCCCAAAUAUCAUCCCUUUCUAUUAUUCUGUCAGUGGCUCUAGUUUUUAAAUAUUCUAAUCUAGAUUCCUAAGUCAAUUCUUUGUUUAUUUUACAUUUUCAUUCAUUCAAAAUGCCAAUACAAGCUCACAAGCUUGGUAGAAUUAAACGUGUUUAAUGUGUUCCUUUACACACAAUGACAUCCAUGUUUUCCUUCUGUAAAGUUUUCUAAUGCUAAGUUCAGACCAUGGACUUGCAUGUCAGGAGGUUUGUUACCAUCAUUCCUAGUCAAGAGUUUCUACUUCUAACCUAAGAAAACUACUGACAACAUCUGUCCAUCCAAAAUGGGAAGCAUAUAAGUAAAUUAACUGAUUAUAAAACUACGUUGAUGUGAAAAGAAUGUAAGACUUGACCUACGAUGGUUGGAAGGCCUUUUCAUUCCUGGCUUCUCCCUAAGAGAAAUUCAUUUAUUGGGAAACUAACAUUCUUUUAAAGCUACCACUUGACAGACUAAAGUGUACACUUGUGAGAAAGACAGACAAACAAGUCUUUCAUAGCAACUGUGGUGCUGUCCCUACUGAGGUGUUAAUGCAGGGUUGCCUGGGCUAUGUGGGAGCGUGGGUGAAGAUGGAGCUGAUGAGCACCUGGUCUUAGCACCUCUGGGUGCAGAAAGCUCUGCGUCUGAAAGGUUUUCCUCUGGGCUGUGAACAGGACAUGGACUCUUAGUGCAGACUGGAUUCCCGGAACAGUGCUAGCGAAGAGUUAGAAACACUCCGGCCCCUUCCGCAGCUGUAGGGACAGUUCUUACUUACUGCCAUCUUUCCGUUUCCUCCUGGGCGAUUGCAUACUAACUCAGUGAAAUGGUAGUGGUGUAGGCUAUAGGGUCAUCGUGGAAUGGUGCUCAUGUGUCUUUUGUUUUUUCUGGAAACACUGGAACUCAUUAGAAAGAUUGCCUUGGAAGCAUUCCAGCUGUUUGGCUUUUCCAGACCCCCAGCCAGCCAUUCUUUCAGGUCUUCUUAGCUACCUGGAACUCCCCCCACCCUGUGCCAUUCUUUUAGAACUUAUGUUUUAUUGCUACUAAUUAUUCCACAUUGCUGUCUCCUACCAUGAUUUACUCUUUGAUCCCGAGUUACCCAAAUGUUCUCUUCUCUUGCCUCUGCUUGAGUCUUGGCUGAUUCUUCUGGAAGUCCUUCCCUGUACCCUACCCCACCACAGACUGGCUUAUAAGUCCUCCAGUUUUAUUGCCCUCCUGUCUGUUGUCCAUGUACUUCAGAAUAUGAUAAUACUUAAUCACUUUUUAUCAUCACUCAAUAACUCAUAAGCCCUGUGAAGGGGAGAAUUACUAUGUCUUGGACUAAAUAAAGACAUAAGAGUGAAGAAAUCCUUGUUUGUAAGUAAAACCCACCACUUACGUUAUAUUGUUAAAAACCCAAGAACUCAGAGGCAGAGGCAGGCAUAUUUCUGAGUUUGAGGCCAGCCUGGUCUACAAAGUGAGUUCCAGGACAGCCAGGGCUAAACAGAGAAACCCUGUCUCGAAAAACCAAAAAAAAAAAAAAAAAAAAAACCUAAGAACUCAUAAUCAAGUUGUUCUACCUCUACCCCCCUACACACACACACACACACACACACACACACACACACACACACACACAGGGGAGGGGAUAGCAAGAGAUCUCACACAGGACUAGGAAUAAGUACAGGAGAAGUCCAGGCAGAGCACACUAUAAUUACUGGGAAUCUCCCCGGCAACAAUGGUGUGUGCCUGGUACAAUGUAAAGGCGUAGAUUAAUAGUUCUUAAACUUAAAAGACUUUAUCUUUUAAGCAUAUUGACCAACAUCCAUGGCCUCUGCAAUCAAAGUGUAAUUUUGAAAACUGACUAGCUGUUUGAGUCAGUGAUUUAACUAGAGUUGGUCUCAGUUCCCUUGUAAAAUUAUGUAUAAUAGUACUUCUCUCAUAGAGCUGUGUGCUUGGAGUUGGAGCUCUGGACUCCAGCUGAGUUUCUUUGAGUCAGUUAUUUAACUACAGUUGGUCUCAGUUCCCUUACUUGUAAAAUUAUGUAUAAUAGCACUUCCCUCGUAGGGCUGUGUGAGUGCUCUGGACUUGGAGCAGUGAGGGAUGCUGAGCGGGUGUGAAGUAGUUUAGAAGUAGUUCCCACCAGUAACUAAACCUGUCAUGUGAUGGAAUGAAAAUGGGCCUUAGGUUCCAGAGUCAUUUGGAAGUGGGUACCAGAACUCAGAGUCAGUCCUGUAUUGGGGGCCAAAGAAGGGAGUCCAGAUGCAGAGAUGUCAUGCCUGAAGAUUAAAACAAAGGACACAGGACCACACACGGCAUCCUAUCAUCUUGGGUAGAAGCUUUCUGCAGUGCUUCCGGGAAUCACAGUUGGUUUUCAGAUGUUUCUUCAGUAUGUGAAUAAUUCCCUAUCACACCGACAAAUAUAUCCUAUCUAGCUAUGAAUUCGUGUCCCUUUUCAAACUGUAGUGACAUUGAACAUCAGUCUGGGUCUCUGGUUAUCUGCUAUUUCUUCCUUCCUACACACACACACACACACACACACACACACCAGUCUUGUGAACCAACCCACCUGGUGACUGCACUGAGAUCAUUGGAAAUAAAACAAAGAAUCGCCUUUGCCAACCAGUCUGUAGUUCAUAUGACCCUGUGUCAACAAAAUGGGUAAAAGGAAAUAUUAGCUUCUCCUUUUCCUCAUUUUCUUACCUCUGUGUAGAACAACUGACAGAACUUUGAUGGAGGUGGUGGUGGUGGUGGUGGUGGUGGUGGUGGUGGUGGUGGUGGUGGUGGUGGUGGUGGUGUGUGUGCAGUGCCCAGGCGCAGACUAGAUGACAUCAGCAGUCCCACUCAGCACUCUUCCUUAUUUCUUUCAGACAGGGUCUCACUUCUAGGCCUCUGCAUUUCAGCUAGACUGGUGGCCUGCAGGCCUCAGACCAGUCCCUAACACCCACAGGGCUGGAUUUAUAGGUCCAUGCACAGUCAUGCCCUAUGUUGCAUGUGAGUGUCCGGGUCCUCAUGCUCGCUUACUCGCCAAGCAGUCUUUGCAGCCCCAUGUCUUAAGAUCAGGAGACCAUUUCAAACCCAUUUUACUACUCCCCCAGUUCAUCCUCAGUGGUG